GAAUCCAACGAUCUUUCCAGGGGAAAAUGAUCACAAAGCCUCUCCCUCCACACCCAAACCACACACUCCCUCGCCCCAUUAAGAAUGGAGUCUUUCGACGAUGCAAUGAGCGACGACGGCGAAGAUCACGGUGACCGCAUCCAAUCGGACCACCCUUCUCCGCUUUUUGAAGAUGACGGUUUCAUGGGCUACGACGCUGACCUCCCUCCUCAAGGCUACGAUUCUUCCUUCGCCCAAAAUGAUGAUCAUUUCUCUCAACCUCCGCCCUCCAAUGACCUCACCAUCGAUUCCCCCACCAACAAUUACAACACCCCGCAGGGGUAUGGAUUUGGAAUGCCUUCUCCGAAGCAAGAUUAUGCAUCCCCUUUUGAUACGUCCGAGAUGAAUGGAGGUGGCGAUGACGGUGGCGAUGGUGGGAUCUUUUCGGAUGAACCAGUGUUGCCCCCUCCAGAACAGAUGCAAGAGGAAGGUCGCGCGCGACGAGAAUGGCGCCGUCAAAAUGCCAUACAUCUUGAGGAGAAGGAGAAAAGAGAGAAGGAGAGGAGGGAUCAGAUCAUUGCUGAAGCUGAAGAAUAUAAAAGAUCAUUUUAUGAGAAAAGGAAAACGAAUUGUGAAACCAACAAAGCUAACAACAGAGAAAGAGAGAAGCUUUACUUGGCUAACCAAGAGAAGUUCCACAAAGAAGCAUACUUGCACUACUGGAAAGCAAUAAGUGAGAUAAUUCCUCGAGAAGUCCCUAAUAUUGAGAAGAGGAGAGGGAAGAAAGAAGCUGAGAAGAAGCCUUCCAUUUUGGUUAUUCAAGGUCCAAAGCCUGGGAAGCCAACUGACCUCUCAAGAAUGAGGCAGCUUUUCUUGACCCUGAAGCAGAAACCACCACCUCAUAUGAUGCCUCCACCGCCAGCCAAAGAAAAUAAAGAUGGAAAAGAUGGAAAAGAGAGCAAAGAUGCAAAAGGUGAGAAGAAAGAUGAGAAAGAUGGAAAGGAAGGCAAAGAUACCAAGAAUGAAAGAAGUUCUUCACCAACUGCCCCACCUGCAGCUGCAGCACCUGGGUCACCAGGUAAAGAUGUUGCUGCCAUAGUUAAUGAAAAUUCUGAACCACCAAAACCAGAGACUGCUGCUCUAAGUGAAGGUGAGCCCAAACCAGAAGAAUGAUGGAAGUAAAAUUCUUCCAUUUUUCUCUUUUCAUUUUCAAUAAUAAAAGCGGGCAAGCUGCCAGAUUUAGAUGCUGUCCUAUCUACAGCAAAGGGCUAGCUGCAGAUUAUAGGCUUUUUUCCUAACUUGCUUUAGAAUUGGUGGGAAUUGACAAGCGAAUAUUUUCCUCUGCUUCCUCCUCUUGUUAACAUUGAUUAUAUCUAGCUAAUUCUUUUUUCUUCCUGUUUACAUCUAAUAUACUCUUGUCGUCUCU